AUGGCGCCGGGCACGAGAGGGCACAUCGCGUGGUCGAGGCUCCUUGCCGUGUGGUUGGGGCUAGCAAAUGGCGACGUGCAGCAGCAAUUCUUGAAAACUCAGACGGUUUCGCUUACGCAUCUCCAGGACGUCAGCUGGCCAGAUGGCUCGGACGUGCAGGACUCGCAAGCGUGGACCAACAACAACCAGAAUGUCCGGACCAACUCCAUCGUGGAGAUCGAGUUCGCAGAGAACAUUCAAGCCAGCUUCGGCUACAUAACGAUACAACCUGCAAUCUCCGGGAUUGGCGCAUCAAGUGCCUCUGCAACUACGAUAUCUGUGCCAAGCAGCGAUGUAGUCAUCAGCGGCCAGUCUCUUCUUCUGAACGAUGCCUCGAGCGCCGGUGGCCGGCAAAUCGUAUUCGCAGAGGAAACAGUGUACACCCUUUCCUUCGAUGCGGGCAUCAUCCAGAACUUGGCCAUGACGGACACCAAUGCAGCCUUUUCCAUCCAGUUCACCACAGGCGACUUCACAGCUCCAACGCUGCUGAGCAUGUCGCCGGCGGAUGAGUCGCCCAACGUGCCAGUAACAACAACCGUCGUCUUCACUUUCUCCGAAGAUAUCCAGGCAAACCCUGAUGUGUCCGGCACUGCACCAACCUGGGGCAUCCAGGAUCCGUACCAGCGUCAGACACCGUUCUCGGUGGCCCCCAAGUGCAGCGACGCGCAGAUCACCGUGUCAGGCGCCUCGGCAACCAUCACCAUCGAUACAGUCGCCUUCCCCAUCCUGCCCUGCAGCCAGUACCAGGUCGUCUUUGCUGCAAAGUGUUUUACGGACACCUCGGUGAACCUAAACUACGCAGCUGCUCUGCCCAGCUCCAGCAAUUACGACGCUGUGCUGCAAUCAGAAAUGGCUGGUGCAGUGGCGGAGUGCGGCAUCACGUCUUACUCCCCUGCCAUCGGAACCUACGGGGUUCCCAUCAAUACCGACAUUGUCCUGACCUUCGCCGAGCAGAUUUUGCGCGGCACCGGCAACAUCGUGCUCACCCCACUUGGGGAAGCCUCGCAGAACUACGAUGUGACCGACACGGCCCGAGUCCUGAUUGAUAGCAGCCAGCUCCAGGUCACCAUCGUCGGGGAUGUGCCGGCGGACUACCUCUGCCUCUCACUAGGUGCCGACAUGCAGAAGUGCAAGGGCAAGCCGGUGGACAUCACGAUAGCCGCAGGCGUGUUUGGCCGCGUGGACACCACAGCUGGCGUCGGUAGCCUUCCUGUGAACCUGGAGGCUCAGCUGACAGGGCCCGGGGCUUGCACCAGGGAUUGGGACUUGGGCUGGGAAUUUGUCUGCUAUGCUGGCUUCCAAUGGGGUUUCGAGCGACUGAAUUUUGAGCGCCGGACGAGCCGGGAGCUUUGCUACAGUCGCUUGUUAUUCUUUCCUCGCGAAGUCACGGGCAUGUUGACCCACAUGGUCCGUGCCUUUGUUGGCAUCUUCUUCGUUGCCAUGUGGCUGGUGUGUCUGCUCUACACGCAGGGCGGCCCCAUAUCCGUCGUUACUGGAGCUUCGAGAGAUAUUUUUCUUCCGCUGGUGCAGAGCGACGGUGCCGGGGGCCCGGGCCGAGUCGUCUCCCCGAAUCCGCUGCAAAGCUCGGCGGAGCCGAGCCCUCCGAGCGAUUCUGCUCCUCACGCGCCUCCUUACGAGCCUCCGCCUCCAGGGGUGUCCCUGGUGCUCGCAAAUGAAACCCUUCACGGCUUGCAAGCUGCUCCCAAGCCGAGCGAAGGCUUAGCCAGCAGUCCUCCACAGACUGCAGUGCCGGCGGCGCCUGCCGUGCCGGCGCCUGCGAAACCCAGCAGGCCUAGCAAGUCUCGACUUGCUUAUGCAAGGUUCCCGAAAACCGGGAGCCGGUAUGCCAUUUCUCAUCUCUUUAAAGUCAUGCCCGCGCACAGGCUAAAUGUUAUCCCCGAGGCCAAGGCAGUGAGGGCCGUUGGCAUUGCGAAGGACGAGUUUUUGCUUGCAUCUGUGCGCAACCCUUGCGAAUCUUAUCUCAGCCUGUGGGCCUUUCAGUCUGAAGUCAACAGAAGAGCAGGGGUCAUGGCGGACCUACGCCGGCGCGACCCCGAGGCAUACAAGCGACUGGUAGGCCGCAAUUCGCAGAACGGCUUCACCGGCCCCGAUGAUGUAGAGCGCUUUCGCGCCUGGAUCAAGUUCAUGGGGCACCAGGGCUCCGUCAAGCUGGGGCUGCUCAGUGGACGCUUCCACGGCAAGUACCUAUCCCAAGAUCCUGACAUGGAUAUCCGCGAUAACGCUUUUCUGGUGCGAGGCAUGACGCAGGAGGCGGCAGCUCAAACUGUGCAGGGGAUCCGCAGCGCGAGCAUUUCUGAGUUGGCUGACUGCUGGAUGCAUACGGAAUCCUUGGAUGCCGACAUCGCAGGCUGUUCGGAGCUCAGAUUGGAGGUUCUGGUUGAGACUUGGUUUGCAAGGGGCUUCAACUUCAACCGUGAGGCCUCAAAGACUUCGAAAGCUUGGGGGGUGGAUUGGUCAAAAGUGCAGUCGUUUAUCCAAUCGGGUACAUCGAGUGGCGGGCAUGGCGGGUCCAAGCAUGGUGGUUGCGAGACCUUUUUCGACGAAGCAACCGCGAGGCUGGUCGUCGAGCUCGACGGAGCCCUUUUCGAGAAGUUCGGUUACGACUCCUGCUGUGGGCAUCCGGUCUCAUCGGCACCAAUGCCCGAGCAGCCCGCGCCGCUCCUGCCAUCCACAUCCAUGACGGGCACCUGGCAAGAAGCAGAUCCUUCAGGAGCCUUGGAUGCGGAUAACCCCUGGGCUUGGGGUGAUCCCUUCGCAUAUGCAUCAGGCCAGCCGAAGGAUCAUCCUGUGCAAGGCAGUUUUUGGGAUGCUGCUGUGGGGCGCUGCAAGGUGAAGGCAAUGGGACCAGAUGAGCGCAAGCUCCGCACGGCGAAUCUGCUGACUCUGUCUUCGAUUCGGAAAAUGCUGGAUGAUCUGAUGAUGAAAUGCUUGGAGAAAGAGAACCUGCCAGGAGCUGUCACCGUGAAGGCAGCAAAUCGCAUGAUGUUCCAGUGCAUCUUGUCCGGCUUGCCCCGAAGCUGCGGCUACUUGGCGAAGAGGCUCCCCUUCGAGCCAACCAAGCCCUUCACUGAGGAGGACGCAGACGUCAUCUACUCGAAGGACCUCGUGAGGGAACAAAGGUCCUCCCAGAAGUCAAAGCUCUCCGUGUUUCGCCUUACUGGCUUCGACAGGCAUCAGUGGACACAUGCGAAGGGUCGGAACGCCGUGCAGCUUGCUGUCUGGAUGGGGGAUGCAGAUCUGUUGCAGAGCCUUUUCCCAGCCUCCGAGCCCAUCGAUGCCUUGGGGCGGACAGUUAUGGACUACGUCCGGGCUCCCGGAUCUCCGGUGCUGAAGCUGGCGCCGCCGAAGUAUCGCGUGUCGCGGCCGCGGCCGGGUCCGCAGACGCUGCAGUGCCACGGCGAGGAGCUGUCUGCGACACAUCUGGGCUGGACGGAAACGUCUGACUGGGCGCACUACGAAGCCUGUGACUUCGAAGUGGUGGAUGCCCUCAACGAGGCGGACCUCAAGUCCAAGUUCCUCGACAUGGGCCGCCCGGUCCUUGUGCGCAACUUCGCGGCCCUCGAGGACCGAUGCUCUCUGGCCAAGCAUCGAGUGAUGCAGGUGCACACGUCCACUCGCUUCAAGCUGGGACCGAUUGCCUACCCUCAGCUCAUUGGGGCGCUGCCCUGCGAAAAGACUUUCACGGUGGAGGAAGCGGAGAAGGGGGCUCGGUGCUUCAGGCAUGGCAACACCUCCAACUACUACGCUGCUCAUGCACCAGGCAUCUUCCAGAAGGAGCUGACAGAGAUGGAGACUGUUGCCAAGAUCCACAAGCUGAUUCCUGGCAUCAACCACAUGUCCAAGCAGUACUUCUGGGGUGGUGACCGCAGUGGUGCUGCGCUGCACUACCAUGUCGCUGCCUUCAAUGUCCUCUUUAUUGGGGAGAAGGAAUGGUACGUGACGCCCCCGUACCUUGCGGCCAGAGCUGGCAUCGCGACUUACGAGCUUUUCGACAGGUGUUCUCAAUAUGCCGGAGAUUUGGUUCUGCUUCCAGACGGCAUCAUGGCUGCUGUCGACACAGUCCUUGCCUCUGCCGAUUCCCGCCGCCGCGGACGCUUCUCCGAGCUCUUAGCCGUCAAGGCCGACCUUGUCGAGUCCACCAGCGAGGGUGAGCACGAGAGCGACAGCCGUGGGGCGACGACGCCAGAGGCGCACGCGAACUGUUCGGACUGCGAAGGCCUGCUCCCGUCAAAAGAGGAGGGGCCCAGCGAGGAAGAGAAGGAAGCUCUGCGACUCUAUGAAGCCAAGUUUGCGGAGAACCGCGACGGUAGCUACAAAGGUGGGGGCCACGGCCAGGCUAUGAGAGGUGGCUGGGAUGGCACUUGCAUCCUGAACUGCACGCGGAGAGGCCAUCCUCAGCAGCAGACCUUCGCGUUGCUUCGAAUCGCUGCUCCGCUACGUCGACUACGUUUGUCGGAGGUGGCCCCGAAGGACUUCCUGACGCGGGCCAUGGCCGAGAAGGAGGCGACGAAGCCGCGUCCGAAGAAGGAGUUUGAAGUGGAUUCCGACGGUGAGGAGGUGCAGCUCUGCAGCCAGUGUGGUCUGCCCAUGGGGGAGUCAGCCUACAGGCCCGAGGAGAAGGCCUACAAGCUCGUGCAUCCUGAAUGCAUGGCGCAGAUCGUGCUAGAGGAUGCCCAGAAGCAGGAUGAGAAGAACACGGAGGAGCAAAGGCAGAAGAAGCUGGACAGCCGCCUUGAGUACCAAAUCGGUUGGCGCCCUGAGUCUGUGCCUGCCUGUGGCCCCGUAGCGGCCAAGCUGGGCUGCUCCCCGGCGCCGAAGGGCCUCUGCUGCCUGGUCUAUGACGAGGCGUCCCGAAGCGUCCGCAUUGCGUCCACGCUGGAGCCCGCUGCCGCUGUGAAUUUGGAGUACCUGAUGCUGGCUCUCAAGGUGCGCCGCACGGCCUGCCGCGAGCCUCUCUUCUCACUUGAUCCUGUUGAUCCACAGAAGCUGGAGACAACCCCGCAGCGCAAGCGGUAUGAGCCAGCUUGGUUGGCUGGUACCAGUGUCGGAGACAUCAUGUUCCAGGCCGAUUACUUCCUGAAGGAAUUGGCGCUGGGCGAGUACACGAUGCCCAUCGUCGGGAUGAUGAGCGUCUUCGAUUGGUCGGAGAUGACCGAUGCCAACAAGACCUGGGCCGGCCGAGAGUGGUUUGUGGUGAAGAAGGCGGAGAUUCGCCUGGCCGAGGACAAGACGCUGGUACCUUACGUGAAGAUGGGCGUCGAAGCCCGUGAGCAGGUGGUCACCAGCAAGGGCUUGGAGGACAAGCCGAUCACCAGCAAGCACCACCCGCUUACUAGGUUCGCGGAGGCCUUCACGCGCCACUUCGACCUGAUCGCCGAGCGAAAGAGCGUGAUCUUCCACCUGCGUGAGCUGGCCAAGGCCUCGGUGAUGGCGAAGUUCCUCGUGGACUCGAAGAUCUCCCUGGAUGCGCGCUGGUUCGAUCUCGCGGAGGACAUGGUCCAGUCCGCCACGCCAGAGGCCUUCUCAGAGAUUCCGCAGCUCUGGAACAUGAGGGGCAACUCGCGAAUCCAGCUCCAGGGCGGCAAGAUCCGGGACAUGCAGACCGGCCUUGCGCUCAGAGCCAUGCCAGGUGCCGCUGCGUCUUGCAAGGGCAUUGACAAGCCAGGCUUGCAGAGCAACCUCCAUGCCAUCUACGGCGGGGUCGAGUUUGGCGGCCUGGACCGCUUCCAGCUGGCACAGCGCACGGCCUUGCCGGGCGCCGCGCUGCCCAGCGUGAUGCCAGGCGCACCGCUGCCAGGUCAGCGCCCCACAAAGAAAUCCAAGCAAGCGAGAGUCGAACUUGAGUCCGGCGGCGCUGGGAGUUUCAUCGGACCAGCUCAGGAGCUGCCUUGGCCCAGCCCGGCCGCUUUGACAUCACAGGCACGACAGAGCGGUGAGUGGAAGCGGACGCUGCCGCCAUGCCUCCAAGCUGGCAAACAGAGGACUGCAGCUUGGACCUUCCGGUCGGCCCAUGCCGGGGACUCAGGGUUCAUGCCGCAGCGCUUCCAGCUCACGCAGCGAGACCAGCCACAAGGUGUGGACCUCGCUCUGGACAAGUUCGACCUCUCCGCCCCCGAGCGCUUCGCCAACUCUCUGCCAGCCUGCAGUGCCCACUUCGACUCCAUGGAGGGCCGUGUCACUCUGGGAAAGGCGUUCUUGAAGAAUCUUCAAGAGGACUCCUACGAGAACUUGAAGGCGGAGGACGCCAAGCUGCUCCAGCGCGUCUUCAACCCCGUGAUGGCUGACAGGAUUUCCGAGGGGGACUCUUUCAUCCCUCCUGAUCCCAAUCUGGACUACGUGCAGAAGCUCCGCCACCUCAUCCAGGAGGAGGAGAGCCUCACAAAGCAGAGGAAAGCUCGCUUUAGCGACAAGAACUUCACAGUCGGAAUGGCCGGCGCCGAGUUUCCCAGGUCGUGGACCUCGCGUUUCCAAAUCCUCCGGGAAGGAGGGAAAGCACAGGUGGUUGCCAGACCAGGCCUUACCACUUUGAAGGUGGACGAGAUCUUCAUGCGUACCUUGCUCGAGGAUAUCUUGCCUACUGCAGCGCCGGAGUUUGCGCAGACCACCGAGGAUGGCACCAUCUUCCGUAUCUACAAGAUUGGCCGGUUGGAGGUGCGCACCACGCAAGCAGCACAGGCCAGCACUCAGGAAGUGCUCUCCGUGUUCUCCCUGAGGCCGCCUUGCUUGGAGGGUGCCCGAGGCAGGCUGCAAAAAGUCUCACCGGAGGAGAAGUUCGUGAAAGGCCGCCUCUAUGUCGAAGCCAUCGAUGGCGAGCACAGGGAGUGCGAGAAGCAGCUGCACCUCUGCCACUUCUACGUCGUCCUGGAGACCGCGUCCAACGUGAUUGUCACCGAGAAGCUUGCUGAUGGAUCCACGACUUGGGUGUUGAACCCCUCGCAGAUCGAGGAUCGCAACUCCCUCGCAAAGUUGAUGAUGGCAGUAGAUAUCCGGAUGGAGAAGGCGACAGUCGGAAAUCUGCAGGUCACACAGGAAAGCAACAACAUCAAGAGCGCAGCCAGGGCCACCGCUUCUGAGAGGAAGCGCUACGCCAAGGACAUCUUCGCGCUGGUCUCGCCGAGGAAUUUGAACCUCUCGAGCAGGCGCUUCGCCGGUCGCGCCUAUCCCUACCCGUCCAACUCCAAGCGCAGCAAGGAGUUCAGGACCCGUUGGGGAGCUCCGCUGCCCAUGCCCGAGUCGGAGGGAAAAGGCCUCAUGUCCGGAGUUGGAUGCACAGAGGGAAGACUAGCCAAGACCGUGGCAGGUGCUUGA